AUGAGGAAGCUCAAAGCGCACGAGUACGUUCACUGGGCUGCGCACAAACCAGAUUUGGAUAAUUCAACACUUAUUUCCAUUGCAACACAACACAACCAAACAGACGGCGAUACGGCGGCUGGCGCGACCGCUUUCGCUUGUGCAAACAGCCUCUCGGCGCUUCGGAGCGCGGCGUGUCUUCGUGGAAAGCGCGGUACGACGCAGCCAGCCGAGGGUCCAAGGAGGGCGCGGACUGUACUUCGUGGAAGGCCCGUCUCGGAGCUGACGCGGCGUCGCCGUUGCGAGAACGGCGUGCGCGCAGAUCGGACACUCGUGAACACUAGCGCUUGCCGGUUAGCGCACGACAGCCACCGCAGCGCUCACGGGCAGACUGAUGCUGUUGCCCCAGAAAACGGCCGCCGGCGGCUGCGCAACUCACUUUCCCUGUCCGACGAUCCCUUUCUCAAUUUCGCGCCGGCUCCCUGGGCCUGGAGCGCCCUAGACGGAUAUUUCAGUAGAGGACCUCGAAGAAGAAGGAAUAGGAAGACAAAAGGAAAAGUGAAAAAGGCGUACGCGAAGGAUUGGUGUGGCAAAGUGUGGGCCGUCGCACCGGCAGUCGCU